AUGAGUAUCGAUUUUCAACAAUAUGCUGAUAAUAUCGAGUCUUGGUACAAAGAUGACGAGUUCUAUGAAAUACGAACUAUACAAAACUUCUGUAAAAUUCUAGAGAAAGCUAAACUCUCAGGCGAACAAUUUAAUAUUAUUUUCCUAAAAAUGGUCAAAUUUUUCCAAACAGAAGAUAUUGUGUUGGCAUUGAAGCAUACAAAUACAAGAGAAAAGAUUAGUUGCAAUGAUGUUUAUUUAAUUUUAGAUACAUUUUUCGAAAUUUUCAAUUCAGAAAUUUUUGCAAGCAUGAAAAAGAUAAUCCAGACACAGAUAGAAACAAAGCCUCCAAGUAAAUACUCUAAAACCGAGGAUAUCUUUUGGAAUAUUUAUGAAAUUCUUGAUAAUGCCACAAAAGACGGCGAUUCAAAUACAUUAAAACAAUCAGUUGAUGAAGGCUACUGCGAUAUCAAAAACUCUUUUGGAGAAAAUCUCAUUUUUGCAGCAGCAAAUAAGAACAAUCUGGUUUUGAUUCAAUCUCUACAGAAAAAUGGUGCAAAAAUAGACAUAACCAAUAAAUCCAACGAAACGAUUUUACACAAAUUCUGUCAAAACGGAAAUCUUGACGGAGUUAAAUUCGCAAUUAAAUACAACUCUAUUAAUAGUGAAACAACUCUUAAUUGGGCACCACUACACUUUGCUGCAUCAAAUAAUCAUGCAAACAUUUGUGAAUUCCUCUGCAAUCAAAGGUCUAUAAAAAAGAAUCCUGAGAAUAUUAAUAAUGAAACUCCACUUGAUUUGGCCAUUUCCAAGAAUAAUACUGAAUCAAUAGAAGUUCUGAAAAAAUAUGGCUGUACAAAUAAACAAGAUACCGAUUCAGAUAAGAGUGCGAAUGAAGAUAUAAUUCCUUCUGAUUUAAAUGUUCCAUCAAGGGUCAUUUCUCCUCGAAAGCAAAUUCCAGAGCAUUCAAGGAGAUCUGCAAAUAUGAUAAGUGAAAAACCAAUUCAAAUUCCAAGGAGAUCGGCAAAUAGUGAAAAACCAAUUCAAAUUCCAAUUCCAAGGAGAUCUGCAAAUAUGAUAAGUGAAAAACCAAUUCAAAUUCCAAGGAGAUCGGCAAAUAGUGAAAAACCAAUUCCAAUUCCAAGGAGAUCUGCAAAUAUGAUAAGUGAUAAACCAGUUUCAAUAACAAAUGAAUCUUCAAAGCCAACAAGUUACAAAUCAUUUGCAAUUCAGAGGAAAGUUUUUUAUGAUGGUGAUUCCUCACCUUUAGUGUUUGACUCUACAGAUUAG